AUGCUGUUUCAUUUCCUUUUCACUCUUCUAGUUGCGCCUCUACACGCCGCAUACGCUGGCGCAGGACCUUCCGACUACCAUGAACGUCUCCUUUUGAGACCUCUUCCGCAGUCCGCACUUCUCGCCUCGUUCAACUUUCGGAGCAACACAUCUGCAAGCGCCUUCGACCAACAGAACUUCAGACUUUUCCCACGUUCGCUUGGUCAAAUCCUCCAGCACACUAACACGAAAGAGUUACACCUUCGAUUUAGCGUUGGACGUUGGGAUGCGGAGAGCUGGGGUGCCCUUCCAUGGAAUGGUGCGAGGGAGGGGGGAACUGGAGUAGAACUAUGGGCAUGGCUUGAGGCAGAUUCAGAAGAACAGGCGAAUGCCCAAUGGCUCACCCUCACCAACACUCUUUCCGGCCUGUUUUGUGCGUCCCUCAACUUCAUCGAUUCCACAAAGACGAUACGUCCUGUGAUGUCGUUCCAACCCGAAGGCUCCCACUCAGAGAGCUCGUUGUCAAGUUUACACUUACUACAUGGCACGUUACCUCACGAGGUUGUGUGCACAGAGAAUCUCACACCUUUUCUUAAGCUCCUUCCGUGUAAGGGCAAAGCUGGCAUUUCGAGUCUGUUCGACGGACACAAGCUGUUUGAUGCAUCAUGGCAGACGAUGUCCAUCGAUGUCAGACCCGUAUGCCCGGCUGAUGGAUCCGAAUGUAUCCUAGAAAUGGAGCAGACCGUGGACAUGGUACUUGAUAUCGAACGGUCUAAGCGGCCACGAGAAAAUCCCAUACCAAGACCUGGUAAGAUGGAGGAUCUUGUCUGCGAUUCUUCGAAGCACUAUAGCGCUUACGGCGAUGCAUGUUAUCCCCUGCACAGAUCCUCUGACCCUACUUGGUCUCUGACGGAGGUCUUUGGACGUCCCAUCAAGGGCUCCUGUCAUUUGGCAGAUUUAAGCGGUGAAGGGUCUGAGACAAUUUGCAUCAACGUCCCACCUGAACGUGAAGUGCGGGUGAAUACUUCCUCAAGCUUCUCCGAGCACAGGCAUGAGGAUGGCUUCCUUCGAUGCUACAAGCUUUCUAACGGUGACGACUUUGAUCUCGAACUUCCCGAUCAGACCCUCUUGGUCGAUACACCACUUCCACAACCACACCUUUAUGCCGCCCGCUCUAUCAACGGAUAUGGGCAAGAACGCGGCAGUGUCCAAGCAGUCAUCAACAAUCCAUCAACCACCUCCGCCAUCGACUUUGUCUAUUUGGAAUCCCUACCUUGGUUCAUGAAACCGUACCUCCACACUCUUCACGCCUCUGUAUCAAGUUCCUCCGCCACCAACGCCACAUCUGGCGCCGUUGAAAAUCCUAUCGUCGAAACGUACUACCGUCCCGCUGUCGACCGCCACCGAGGCACCCACUUGGAACUACUUCUUUCCGUGCCUCCAGCAUCAACGCUCACGCUAACAUAUGACUUUGAUAAAGCCAUUCUGCGCUAUACAGAGUAUCCGCCUGACGCGAAUCGAGGGUUUGAUGUCGCACCAGCAGUCAUCAGGUUACUGUCGCCUAAAGAGGCUAAAGCGUCGCGCGGUGCAUACCUUCGCACCACGAGUCUUCUCUUACCUUUACCGACUCCUGAUUUUAGCAUGCCCUAUAAUGUCAUCAUCCUGACGAGUACUGUAAUGGCGCUCGGCUUUGGGAGCAUCUUCAACCCGUUGGUCCGUAGAUUUGUUGCAGCAGAUGAGGUUGCUAGCGUGGGACCUGGAGGGCUGAAAGGUUUCAUUCGUGCAAAGUUCACGCGACUCGUAGCUCGAUUUGCUUCCAAGGGUACCAAGUCACAAUAG